AUGGCCAAAUCCGGCCUGAAAUUUGCUCUCUUACUGUGCAUUUUCUUAGCAGGAUUUUGGAGCUUUUGUCUUAGCCUUAACGAUGAUACCAAGCUUCAGCCAACCGCAGAUUUUGUACCAAUGAAAAAUGGUAACAACCAACAAGAAUUCCUGAAAUACUAUCACUUCUCCGAUGUUCCGAAUUUUCCAUCUUUGAUUCAAGACAAAAGGUCCACCCGAGUCCACGUUACUUCCGGAGGUAUCAAGACAAGGAAAAUACUACAGACUAUUGGGAAUUUACACUGCGUGGGAUGCCUUCAUGUUGGCUGUUCGAGUUCCCCAAGCUGUCCUGCUAAUUGUUGCAUCUAUUGA